ACCGAGUAUUCCCGUCCGCGAGCCCGUGGUUCAGACCGCCACGAGACCCGCGUCUCCGUUCGUCUGACGUCAUGCUCCGGUAGGAUCGAUUACCUGCGGCUCUGGAUUAUUGAUGAGGAUGAAGAUGGAGGAUCUGCCGGACUGCAGAGACGUGGAGAACAAGCUGGGUCGGAAAGUUCCGGAGAGUUUGAUUCGUUCAUUCGCGGGCGAACCGUUCAGAGGCUCUGAAACCCGCGAGCAAACCGAUGAUCUACAGACGCUCCACAACAAGAUCAGCUUCCUGCGGCAACAGAUGGCUCAUCUGCGCUCAAUCGAUGUCACACUGAUGCGUCAGCUGCUGUCCAUCAACGAGGGCAUCGAGUCGCUCCGCUGGGUGCUGGAGGAGCAUGGGGGCGGGGCCAGCCGCGAGGGCAGCGUGACGGACAGCUUGUGCAGCCUAUCAGACGGAGCGGAGUCAGAGCGCGGCUCCUGCAGCGACGGACUGGACGGGAUCUCGCUGGGCAGUUAUCUGGACACGCUCGGAGAGGACGACCUCGAUCGCUCCUCGCCCGCAGACCUCUCAGACCACGAGACCUUCACCAGAUCUCCUCCACGGCCUCGCGUGGACACCGACGAGUACUACUGCUUCGCAUAACACUAACGUGUGCCUGAAUAAAGACAUCCGACCCAGAUCCA